CCGGUUCAUUACAAUACAUCAUGCCUGGCUUUCUUUUUCAUCUUUUUCAAUAGUUUGUCCGCUUCUGCUUGUGCAAGAUUGUCCAAAUUCUUGUCAUUAUUUUUUCUGAAAAAAAUAAACGCACUCUUCACACCGUCCUACUCAUGGAUCCCCAGACGCUUCACACGCUGAUGACGACUGUCCAGUCGGUAGAGGCAAGCCUUGACACUGCACCCGACUCGUGGCCCCAACACCUCGAGGCCAUCCGCAGUAUAACCGCCGUCUUUGAAAUCACUGAUACAAGACCCGACGACGCUCGUCGACGCUGGCAGCUGCCUUUGAUUCGCCUGGCGCAACGUGUAGCGUUUGCCGAUGCGGAUCACGGCCCAACCACGGACAUGGCCGACUGGUGUUUGCGGCAAUUGCUGACGCUGUUGCCCGUCUAUCCCAACAAUGUCGAGAUUCUGGCCUUGAUGGGCCGAAAUUGGUUGUUGCGCGCGCAAAAGGCACUAGCAAGCAUCGCACAAGCGGAAAACGGCCCUUGUAGCAUGGAUACAGGCCAGUUGCACCACGCCCAGCUGGCUGCCUCUCCUCUAUUCGAGGCGCAGGAGCGAUUGAACGGAGCCCACUAUGUCGAGGCACGGGCCCUGUUGCUCCCUGCCAUCGACUACCUUGAGCGUGCAGUGGGCGCCGCAAAAGCACAGGGGAGCCUGAAUAGGGCUUUGCUCUCGCUCGCUGCUGAGGCUUUCAUGAGCCUUGGCAAUGUCACAUCGCCCAGGGUCCACACGCGCUACUUUCGCCACGCCAUGGCUCACCUUCGCUCGGCUACUGACCUCGACGGCUAUGCAUUGCCUGUACACUUGCAACAGUGAGCCAACCUGCUGUGAGGAAAUCAAAGGCUAAUGGGACGAGGUAUCUUGACGAAUACGGUCUUCUUUACCAUGAUGCUUGAGUCGUGGCUGCAAACAUGCUACAUAGAGUUGAUAGAGGGCGUCUUCAUUGCCGAUGGAGACUGUCUGCGAAUAAUGCUUCUGUAACCGA